CAUAGUCCAUACCCCAUUGCAGUACUCGAUCCUCCAGCAUUCCAGAGGGCCAUAGCCCACACCACCACCACUUAACCUCAAAGCAUCAUCGUCACCAAAAGGAGAUCUAUCCUGUGUGAAUUUUCUGCCCCAAGAACCACUUUGAUCCAUCCAUCGAUCACUAGCACAUAUGCAGGCAUAUAUGGAGGGAGGCCAGCUGGGGGCUUGCCUUCCUAGCUUCCUCGUGCCGGAUCACUACGCCUUCCCUCUUCCUCUCCCACUUCAACUACCGAGCCAACCAAACAAGCUUCUCCAGAUGCCGUUUGACCAGGAAGAGUCCGAGAACCAUGGCGUGAUGCUCUCCUCCGACCAUUGUGGCCUAUAUCAGCUGCCGGCACUGCCGUUGGGCUGCUCUGGAGCUGCCUCGGCCGUCGCCUGCGGUGGGAAGCCUACUGCUGAUUUCAUGCCCAGUACUGUUGGUGCUGAUGAGGUGUGCACCUCGUUGACAAAAGGUUGCAACGAUAGUGCUAGCACAUGGUGGAAGGGCUCGGCGCCUACGAUGGCGGAUAGAGGGAAGAUGAAGGUGAGGAGGAAGAUGAGGGAGCCGAGGUUCUGUUUCCAGACCAGAAGCGACGUGGAUGUGCUGGAUGAUGGCUACAAGUGGAGGAAGUACGGGCAGAAGGUUGUCAAGAACAGCCUCCAUCCGAGGAGCUAUUUCCGGUGCACCCACAGCAACUGCCGCGUGAAGAAGCGGGUGGAGCGGCUGUCGACGGACUGCCGCAUGGUGAUGACCACGUACGAGGGCCGCCACACGCACUCUCCCUGCAGCGACGACGCCGCCUCCGGCGACCACACCGACUGCUUCAGCUCCUUCUGAAUCUCUAUCGUUAAUAUUCACUGCGCAGUCAAGUGGUCAGAAGCAGCGUGAUCGAGAGCAUUGCAAGAGCAGCAAACAAGAAGUGCAUCGACCCGUGGUUUCUUGAAGGUCUCUUCAGUUUUGGUGGAUCGGAUGCAUGUCAGGACGUGAUGAACCAGUAGUGUCGUGUGUACUCAUCAUGUAAUACGAUGUGAUCAUCCCCGACCAUCAUCUUGCAAAUUAAAAAUAUAAUGAUCCAUCCAUGAAUCGAUGUAUGCACUCAUGUAGACCAUCAAAUAUUGUGUACACUUUUGUUCACUUUU